AUGAACACAGCUUCUGAUGGGUGGCACCAGCAGAUGGAGAACCUUAUUGGCAUGGCUCCUCCGCCGCCAGAAGAUCCAAAGGAGAGAGCUCCCGUUGGCGUACCUUUCGCUUGGAUUAGGCUUAACUUUGGACAAUGCCCGGAAGGGGCCAACAAGGACACUAUCAGGACGUACACCCGCGUGUACUUGUGGUACAUGAUUUCGAGGACUCUCUUUCCUGACAGUGGUGGGAAGCUGGCCCAUUGGUGUUGGCUCAAGGCGCUUACGGUGUUGGAGCACCGGUGGAGUUGGGAAACAUCGACACUUGCCUACCUCUACCGGCAGUUGGACGAAGCUUGUCGCAGGACUGGGAGCGGCGGUAUUGGUGGAUGCUUGCUCCUACUUUCCGUAUGGAGCUGGGACCGCCUAUCAGUUGGGCGGCCCAGGAUACUCAACGAGAGGCCAUGGCCUCAUCACCGGAACAACCUUGAUCGGGAGCCCACUUGGGCAUACCUCUGGGACAAUGUCUCCGAGAUGACGAGCGAUCCAAAGAACAUGUACAUGCACUACACUGAGGAGUUGGACACUCUUACCGCUGAGCAGGAGUGCCCACCUCAGUGGCAAGACACAGACCACGCGCUUCAUAGCAACUAUCUCCAAUGGUUUCAUCAAAGCACGCGUAUUGAGUUAGUGAAACCCGCGUAUGAUGACGACAUCUUGGACGACCCCAUCGAGUUCGAUGAGGUUGCACUGAAUGGGAGUGUUGGUAACAUAUGGACUUAG